AUGGGCCAGCAAACAUCCCUGGUCGUCGAAGUUGAGAUCGAAGCUCCAGUCGAGGUUGUUAGAUCUCUUAGAGAUGACCCUGAUGUGUUCGAGUGGGGAGGAGGUUGGUGGCCGCUUCUUAUGGGUCAGCAUGAGUUUACCUGGAGAGCGAGCACUAAGACUCCUGGAGCCACGACUUUUACGCGGAUAGAGAGUUUACGUGGUCUGUUAGUGCUUCUUUGGCAGCCUGGCUGGUUUAUGAGAAGAAGAACACAGGUGUGCUUUGAUGCGUUCCAUUCAGAAUUGAAGAAGGAAGCGGAGAGGAUAGUAAUCGCAUACAGAUGA